AUGUCCAACGUAGAUGAGUUUGAUACAGCUUUAGACUCACCAAGUGUUCAAAUUAAAGAAGAUUGUGGUGUUUUUAACAAUGUUCUUUUCUUCAUUGAUCCUUUGAUAAAUGACAUAGAUGCAUUGAUGAAUGCUGUAAGAAACAACGGAGGUCAAGUGCUUAUGGAAGUCCCACGUAAUAAUUCGAGAGAGUGGGAGGUUGCCUACUUUGUUUCGAAAAGAUACGACGAGAAUUAUCGUAUAUUCGUACACCCCUCUUAUAUUUUGGAUUGUAUUGAUGCUGGUACGCUUCUAAAUGUACGUGAUUAUUUGGGUAAACCAGAACCUUCAGGAUAUGUUAGAUUUGAUUCUAACGCAAUAUCUGACGAAUACAAUAUUAGUAGUCAACUAUCUGAUCUUCCUAGCUCUGAUGUUACAAGAACUGCUGUCAAGAUAGCAACUAGACAUGAUGAGUCAAUAAAUCAAGAUAACAAUCAUAAUCAAACUGGUCUAGUUGAUGGAAAUGAUCGUGCUAUUAAGAUUUCUGCCAAAGACGAAACUCGUAAUCAGCAAAAAGAUACUCAGAGACAAGAAGUUGAGCAGGUGCAACAAAUGGUACAAAAUAGCGACGAUCAACAGCAGCAGCUAACACAUGCACAAGGUAAUGAUGCAGAUGAGCUUAUACUACACGAUCCAGUAGGAUCAAGUCACAACAAAUCCUCAUUCACUAAAGAAGAGGAUGAGUUUAUCCUCGAUGUCGUUAGAAAGAAUCCAACCAAAAGAACCACUCAUACUUUAUAUGAUGAAAUAUCACACUAUGUUCCAAAUCACACUGGGAACUCCAUAAGACAUAGAUUUAGAGUGUAUCUCUCAAAGAAGUUGGAGUUUGUAUAUCAAGUUGAUGAAGAGGGUAAAUUAGUAAGGGAUAGCGAUGGGAACUUGAUAAAAACUGAUAUCUUACCAAGCGGAUUAAAAAGGAAAUUUACAAGUGAAGAAGAUUAUAACUUGGCUUUGGCAGUUAAAAAGCAGUUUUACAGGGAUGCCUUUCAAAGAGAUCCAGAUACGGGCGAAAGUUUAAUUACAGAAGAUGACGAACCUAACGUUGUCGCCAAACGUCAAUUAGUUAUGAAUACUGAGAUAGAUCCUUCAGAUAUUCCUCCAUUCGAUAAAUACAUGGUGAAUGAUCGUCGUGGGCCUUUAUCUAGGGAAUUUUUCAAAAACUUUGCAACUGAAGUACCCACGCAUUCUGAAAAUGCUUGGAGGGAUCGAUUCCGUAAAUUUAUCUUACCUUAUGGUAUCGAUUCGUACAUAUCUUACUAUGAAAAAUGUAUUGAGGAAGGUAUUGAGCCUGAGUCUAUUAAAAAUAUGACCAAUAGGCCUAAAAGAGAAGGGCCUUCUCCAGGGAACUAUAAUACUACACUCAAAAAAUCCAAGAGAAUGGCAGAAGGAAGUUCACAACAAGCAACAGAUGCUAGUUUGAAUGAUUUUUUCUUAGAGUCAGAUGCAUUCGAUCUUAUUGACGGUAUAAGGCGUGAUUUACACGCUGCUGAAGCUCAACAAGAAGAGCAAGCACGUAGUCUGUAUGCAGAAGAUGUUGCAGAAAGAAUUCGUCAUCAAGUUGCUUUGGAACAUGAAGAGUACGAUAAUUAUGAUAUGGACUCUAUCAAAUUUCCUCCUAAACUUGCCGAAAAUGAUGAUUAUUUCGAUCACACUUUCUUCAAUUUCAGAUCAACCAAAGAAUUCAUUCAAAAAUUAGAAGAAAUUAUAACACGAGAAUAUGAUGAAUCACAGGCAGAUGUUUUAGUACAUGAUCUUGAUGUUGAGUGUGGUAUAAGAAAGAAGUACGCAACCUCGGUAUUGACAGCUCUAACGGGUGAUAUUUCAUUGUUCCCUCGAUACUUUUUAACUUCUUUCAAAUAUGGUAUUCACCCUCCCCAAAAUGUCCCUGGUAUAUGGACCAAGGAAGACGAUUUGGUUCUAAGAUCUAAGAAUCCCGAAGGAAUGAAAAUGUUGGAAAAAAAGCACGGGUUUGCAAGAAUGCAGAUGAGAAUUAGAUUCCAGGAGAAUAACUUGGUAUAA